AUGGAGUUUAAAAAGAAUUAUGAAUACUUAAUGAAUGGUUUUAAACCGCAAGACUCAUAUCAGUUAGCAAAUACUGAAUUUAUAGAGUUAAAAGUCACUGAAGAUACCAAUUUUUAUAGAUUGGAAGAAACAAUUGAAGACAUAAGAGAAUUAUUUGAAUAUGCUGAGAAGCCAAUCCCAUUGGACACUCAAAUAAAAAAAAAAAAAAAAAAAGAAAUAAAAAUGAAAUUUGUGGAAAGUAUCUAUGAAAUGGGAAAUAACAAAGACUUGAUGGGCAAACUUGAUGACGUUACGACAAUUGAUCAUGUAAGCAGGGCAAAAACUUCAAAACGAGAAAACAAAACUUUUAAACUUACCUGA